ACAUUCCGAAGUAACGACCCACCUUUAUGAGGUCCUUACAUAGUUGUGCAUCUAGAAUGAAGGGGGAUUACCCUCACCCUGCUGCUUUAGAAUGCAUGAGAGCACAGCGAUAGCUCUCUUUCUCUUCUUCCUACCCUUCCUGCUACAGUCCUCGCACACCAUUCCUUUUCCCCCUCUUUGUUUCUCCCACUCCUUAAUUUCCCUUUCUUUCAUGUCCAUUGUGCUUCCUUUCUCUUUUUGCACAAAUCCACCUCCACCAGCCUUCAGCUGCAUUACAUCAUCUAGGCUGGUGAGAAGAAUGUCAAAUGAGUGUGUUUGUGUGUGUUGGUGCCGGCGUCAAACAUUGCAUCUGAAGCUGACCACAGUGACCAGACAAUCAAAGGAUUAUCCCUUCUCCUCUCACACCAGCAGUGUUGAUCAUGCAUUUAUUUUUUUCAAAACACCCUAUAUUGCUGUUUUUGCAAAUCCCCACCCUAUACAUUUCAACUACCAUGACUUAGAAAUACAAUAUUAGUAAUUAUAACAUAAUGACAAUAACGACAAUAUUUGACAUAAUGACGAAAUCCUUGUGAUUUUUCUUUAUUUUUCUAGGAUGGUGACUUUUCCCCAAAAUAUUUCUUCUCUGCCAUUUCCUUAUUUUCUCUCCUUAUGUGUAUUUGUCUGUGUAUCUUUUAAGGCCUGACUAUGGUAAUCUCAGAAUCAGAAAGCACUCAAUGUUCUCUUCCAGGAAUUGUUCCUACCUCAGUGCACCAUGGGACAUGUAGUCUUAUGGUAUCUCCAGUUUAAAGGUGCAGUGUGGAAAAUGUAUCUAUCCUUGCCCCAUUGCAGCAACACAAUAGCUUUUUUUCUACAAAUAAAAUGACCACCAACAACUAUCACAUCCACCUGACUGACAAAUUGUUCCUAAAGGUAACCCUCCUAGAAGCCCCCUCAUUCUCUCCAACUAGUCCUCCAGCUCUAUUGCUCACUGCCUACAUAUACACUAUAUUAUAGUUAACGAUUCCCAAAACACUUAAACAACUUACAUUUUCAUUGGGUUCAACGUAUGCUUUUAGGCAGUGGUAGGAAAUAUAGUGUUGCAGCAUUUAUUCACACAGUAACCUAAGGUACCCUCAGAACGCCCGUUUAAAACCCAGUGAAACCGAGAACCUGGCUGUUCUCCACAGCAGCAGAUUGAUUUUCAUUACAACUGACAGUUUCAACAGAGAGAAAGCUGACAGCUAAUCCCAGUCACUGUGUGUGUGUGUGCUGGUGACAUGAAUGCAGCCUAGUCAUCCAGUGUUUUAUAAUCCCUAGAACAGAAGAUGAUGAGUAAUAGUUCCAAAUGAUGAUAAUUUUAGAUCUGACAUUUACCGAUGUUAGACCUGACUGAACAAUCCAGUUCUAUCCAGUACAGUUUUUUUUAAUUUGAUGUCCGCAAAUAACUUUGUAUCAGAAGUAUGAACAUGUUUACAUUCUUUGUAUAGGAUAACAUUUAGACAUUUUGUGAGAAUGUCAUGGCACAUUAAGAAUAUAUUGAAUCCUACACUGAACCUGAUUAAUAAUCACAAUACAGUUGUUUGUUAUUUGUUUGUUCAUUAACGAUAAACACCUGCAAAUAAAAUGAUCGAUUUCCCUCAUAGUCCAUGUAUUUAUUUGCCCAGAUUAAUCUUAAAGUCCAAAGUUAAUUGCUUUAAGCAAUAUGUUGAUGUACAAUCAACCUGUAUAACUGUUAUUUCAUAAGGUACAAUUAAACAAUAACAAUAUCUCUUUUGUUGCAGCAAUUUUUUUUAAUCAAAACACAGUGAAUAAAUGCACUAACAAAGAAAUACUGUACAUUAGAAUGAUAAAACACAGAACAACCACCAUGAGUGCAUCCGUAAAGAUGAAGGAAAUAACCACAAUUCACAAAUCUUCCUUUAGCUUUGUUUGUGUUAAUGCAGAUUGCAUGUACUACUGUCUCUACUGUCUCUCCUGCUCUAUCUGUUAGACUGGGCUGCAGCAUAUUUCACAGGUAGCAGCAGUCAAAGGGUUAACUCCUUGCACGCACCCACACACACCCACCCACCCCCUCCACUUCCAACACACACACCCCAACCCCCUUCCCCCAUUUCCCACUCUCCCUCUUUCUUCCAGCAGCUCUACACCCUAUCAGGGAGCAGUUUUGCCCCACCAAUAGGAGCUCUGGUAGGUGAUGUCAUGCUGCCGGGCUGGUUGUGGUGCUGAUGCUGUGAGCUGGUACAGCAAACAGAAGCUGAACAGAGAGAGAGGGAAGAGAGAGGACAAAUUAAGCCAGGAUAUAGAGUAUCAUCAGCAUUUUUACAUACCAAGAGAGAGAACAGUUUGACUUCUUCAGGUCUUUGGAAUCCAGUUAGCAGAAACACACAAAAUGACUCUAGCAGCCAAGAUGCGAGAGCUCCCUCUGGUGUCUCUCUUCUGCUCCUGCAUAUUACCUGCACCCAAAGAAAAGACCCCAAACAAGACAGGUGUGGUGGAUCUGAACCUGUGCAUCAUCAGGGACAUGGAGGUGAUUGAGCUGAACAAGCGUACGUCCGGCCAGGCCUUUGAGGUCAUCCUAAAGCCUCCAUCCUUUGACGGAGGGCCAGAGCUCCGUGCUACCACACCCCCACGCAGGGAACCCUCCCUUGAAGACAUCCAUAGGAAACUGGAUGCAGCAGAGGAAAGGAGAAAGUGUCAGGAGGCAGAGUUUUUGAAGCACCUGGCUGAGAAGCGUGAACAUGAGUGCGAGGUGGCCCAGAAGGCUGUGGAGGAACACAACAACUUUGUCCGCCUGGCUAAGGAGCGUCUAGAGCAACGCAUGGAGGCCAACAAGGAGAAACGGCAGGCACACAUCUCUGUCAUGCUGGGGUGCCUGCAGGACAAGGACAAGCGCUCAGUGGAGGUUUCCUGAUGGCCUGAUCACAACACAAGCUGAACGUUCCAUGAAAACCAAUUUACGGAAGCCUCUCAUGAGUUGUUACCAUGGUUACCGUGACCACGGGAAGGCCCGUGUUUUUUGGAAAGCCAGGACAGGCCAGGGUUAGAGAGAAGGAUGACUUUCAUCUCAUCACAGCAGCUCUCACAAAGAGAAAAUAAGAGACGACAGCUGGAGAUGGAGGCGCGAUACUUUCGUGUUUAGGAAUUGUUCCAAGUGCCUGCAUCUAGGAUCACAACAAUUCCACAAAGACUUUCAAAUACAUUCUAAAGACCUACUGGAUACAUUUCAAGGCAUUCUAAAGACUGGGAAAAGUGUAAAGGUUCAUCUUCACUUAAGGGCCACUCAGAAAUCUAUCUGCUUUGCUGAUGUGCCAACAGUGCCAAUGAA